UGGGAUCUGUUAUCGUCUUCACGUCAAUAACAGCGUCAAACUGUCCCCAACCUUCCAAACACCCGACUAUUGAUCAUAUAAUGGCUUCGAUGAGUACAAAAGAUAUACCAGAACAACAUUCUCUUGAAACCCCCCUUGAAGACGCCCCCCCUGAAAGAUCAGGCUUAAGCUUUAGCUUCUCAGAACUAUGGCAACAUAUACCCCGGCCAACGAGUAACCCGGGAAAUGAAACAGAAGUCAUAGUAGAGAAGCCGCCCAAGAUAAUAAUGGGCCAAUCGUACAAAGUUGAAGAUGAGUUUUUAUUGCAAGUUGAAGCUCUUGUGUGGUUGACGUAUCGCACAGGCUUUGAACCAAUACCUAAGAACCCGAAUGGCCCUCACCCAUUGGCAUUUGUACAAUCGAUGGUGUUCAACAAGAAUCCAUUGUCUACAAAUGUCCACAGCUUCAUUGACAAUGAAAACUUUACCACCGACGUGGGCUGGGGAUGUAUGAUCAGAACAUCUCAAUCCUUGCUUGCAAACACAUAUAAGCGAAUGAUCAGUGAAGACGCCCAACAGGAAAUUCAGCUUCUUGACCAGUUUAAAGACCUGGAAGCAGCGCCUUUCUCCUUGCAUAACUUCAUCCGAGUUGCCAAUGAACUGCCCUUGCAGGUGAAGCCUGGUCAAUGGUUUGGUCCCAAUGCUGCGUCGUUGUCAAUUCAAAGAUUGUGCAACUUGGUGAACUCUAAAGAAAAUUUUGGUUUGCCAGGGUUGCUGGUCUUGAUCAGUGAAAACUCGGACUUGUAUGAUGAUAAGGUGCAAGAGUUUUUGGAUAAGAAAAAACAGUCUCUUUUGAUAUUAUUGCCAAUUAGGUUGGGUAUUGAUAAGACCAACGAGUUCUACUACAGUAGCAUUCUCCAGUUAUUGAACUGCAAACAAUCGGUCGGUAUUGCAGGCGGGAAACCAUCCUCUAGCUUCUACUUUUUCGGAUAUGAUAACGAUGAGUUGCUCUAUUUGGAUCCUCAUUACCCUCAAGGUACUAAUGCCGGAUACAAUUCGUACCACACUCCAAGAUAUCAGAGGUUGACUAUAAGUCAGCUUGAUCCGUCCAUGAUGAUUGGAAUUUUAGUUGAUGAUUUACAAGACUAUAAUACCUUCAAAGCUGAGUGUUUGGAGAAGAACAACAAAAUUGUGCAUUUUGCGGCUAAAUCGGCCAUCAAUGAAAUUCAAGCUCCUGCUUCCGAAGUAAAUGCCGAUUUCGUCGAUUUUGUCGAUGACUUCGACGAAGACGACAUAGUCGAAGACGAAGACCUUGAUAGGGUCAGCUAAUGGCAGCGUCGUGUGCGACCCAGGUCUAGGCAGUUUUUGUCGCACUCAACUCUAAACUUAUAUAUAAUAAGCUACUACAUACACAUAUAACGAA